AUGCCGCCUCUUCUCGGAUUUUCUGACAAUGCAUUUCGUGAUCGCGAAGAUAUUGAAACCGCGACAAAAGCUCUCGUUCGGGCACUCGAGCCUUACUUUUCACCAGGAAAUGCCCGGGUCAAACUGCCUCUCUGCUCGGGUGCACAUUUCGACGAAAGCGCGGCGCAACUUGAAGGAUUCGCCCGACCUAUCUGGGCGGUAGCCGGAGCACUCACGGAAUUAGAGAACGACACCAAAUCAGAACUCAAGAGGUAUUCCGAACGCUUGAUCGAAGGAAUUACACAUGGGGUUGAUCCAGAACAUCCCGAAUAUUGGGGUCCAAUCGGGGAUUGGGAUCAACGGAUGGUCGAGGCUGAGCCGAUCUCAUUCUCGCUGUUGAUCGCCCCUGCAACUUUCUUUGACCCAUUGUCGGAGCAAACUCGUUCAAAUUUGAGGGAAUGGCUGUCAGGGCUCAAUGGCAAGGUAAUGCCCGUGAACAAUUGGCGCUGGUUUCGAAUUUUCUCGAAUCUUGUUUUGAAUCGCAGGUGUGGCUUGCCAGUCGAGACGACCAAAACGUAUAUCGACGCGGACUUCGAAGUACUCGACAAGUUUGAAAUUGGCAACGGGUGGUCGGCCGAUGGAGUUUGGAAGAAUGACACAUUGCCAGGUCAUAAAGCCUACGGUCGCCAGGCAGACUAUUACUCUGGCAGCUUUGCCAUUCAAUUCAGUCAGCUGCUGUAUUGUAUUAUUGCCGAGGAUACUGACCCUGAUCGGGUCUCACGGUAUCGAAAUCAAGCGAGAGAAUUUGCUAGUCAGUUUUGGCGUUUCUUCGAUGAGCAUGGGGCUGCAAUUCCAUUCGGCCGGUCGUUGACUUAUCGAUUUGCUAUGGGUGCAUUCUAUGCGGCUUUUGCGCUUGCAAAGUGCUAUGAUUCGUCGAACCGCUAUACAUCUGCAGGCUUUGUUAAAGGAAUGCUUUUGCGGCAUCUCAGGUGGUGGGCAAAGCAUUCAGAUCAUAUCUUCGCCACAGAUGGAACCUUGACUAUAGGGUACCUCUACCCAAAUAUGUUCAUGUGCGAGAAUUACAAUUCACCACAGUCCCCUUACUGGUCCAUGAAAAGCUUUGUGGUGCUUGCUUUGGGAGCUGACGAUGAAUUCUGGGCCGCUUCGGAGAUUCCACAUCCCUUAUCCCUUGAAUCUGUCGAGAGUUCACCGGUCCACGGGGUCGAGCUACUCCCUGCCCCCUGUCAGAUUUUGUGUAAUCACUUGCAUGGUCAACAUCAUUUCAUGCUCUCUAGUGGGCAAUUUUGCCAAUGGCCUUUGAAGGCAACGCAGGCCAAGUACAGCAAGUUUGCAUAUUCUUCAGCUUUUGGGUUCAGCGUUCCAACAGGAGGCCUUCUAACUCAACUGGCACCUGACAAUACCCUGUCAAUAAGCCGAGAUGAUGGAGAGUCCUGGGCUACGCGAUGGGAAACAGUUGGCGAUCCACGAAUCAAAGUCAUUUCGUUCAAAAAAUCCGAGAUUCAAUGCUUGCAGAGCAUUUGGAAACCUUGGAAAGCCAGCAAAAUUGAGAUCGAGUCGACGCUCAUCCCUCCAUGCAAUGAUUGGCCUGAUUGGCAUAUCAGGUUACAUCGAAUUCGAAGCUCAGAGAGUCGUUCGGGUUAUUCAGACACUCUAGAUAUUGUCGAAGGAGGCUUCGCGAUACAAGCUAACGAGCCGCGAAAGAUGAGUGUGUGGAGUGAAGAUUGGAGAGACACAUCCGAACCUGAAGCAAAUAUGGAAGCCAGUGGGUGCUCUCUCACUCUCAGCAGCGCAGGUGUGAGUGGCGUGAAGAGUGUCAUUCCGUGUGAAGGUUCCACCGAAGGCAGAGUGUUGUUGUCUGACCCGAACACGAACUUGAUCGAACCAAGAGCCGUGAUACCAACCGUCCAGUACAGAGUUGAGAUUCGACCAGGUCAGGAGGUGAAGAUAGCUACGGCAGUGUUUGCUAUUGCCAAUGGGAAGAAGCAUUUCUCCCGGGGGGAGCUAUUUGAGAGAUGGUACCAUGAGCCCUGUUUAGCCGAAGAUGUUUUGAGGCAAUUGUAG